UGACGUCACAGCGACAGGCCUCCAUUAGAACUGCAGCUGUUUGGAGAGAAACAACAACAACAAAAACGGGGCCGAGAGACGGAGCGGCCAACUGUGACAGUCCGCUCCGAGCUCGACCGACGCGGCCUCCAGUCUGGAAGUUGAGCCUCCUUUUCCCACCCGGAGCACCGCCGGCUUCUAACCACGGCCGCUCUCGGUGAGGAAACUCUGGCCUCCGCUUCCUCCUCCUCCGACUCGGACACCGGCGGAGCGUCGCCGCCCCCGCGGAAGAAGCACCGAGCCUCGGCGGCGGAGGGAGCAGGAGAGCCCGGGGCUUCAGCGGUUGUGCCAGGCCUUGCCGGAGUUGUCUUGGGUCUCGGAGCCACAUCGACCAUCCACUUUAACCGCAGCGCCGUCGGCCACGUGAGCAGUAGCACCAUGCAGGCGAACGGAGCGGGGCGAGAAUCGGCCGAGCUUUCCUGCCUGGGCGCCGCACAGAACAGCGAGUCCUCGUCGUCGUCGGCGGCGGCAGCGGCGGCUGGCGGUGAUGGUGGUGGGGCGCACUCCAACGGGUUGCUUCGGCUGCUUCUCUCCCCCGCGGACAACGGCAACGGCGUGGGCACCAGCAACGGCUCCUCGUCGUCCACCGCCACCGCUUGCGGGACCUCUGCCGCGGCCUCCUCUGGCUCGGAGGUGGGCUCGUUGAAGAAGAAGAAGCGGUUGUCGCAGGCGGAGGAAGAUGUCAUCCGGCUUAUAGGGCAACAUCUCCACGGACUGGGGCUCAAUCAGACGGUGGACCUGCUGAUGCAGGAAUCGGGCUGCAGACUGGAGCACUCGUCGGCCAGCAAAUUCCGCAACCAUGUUAUGGAAGGCGAGUGGGACAAGGCUGAGAAUGAUCUCAAUGAACUGAGAGCACUGAUGCAUUCGCCCAACGCCAUUGUGCGUAUGAAGUUCUUGCUGCUGCAGCAGAAAUAUUUGGAGUACCUGGAAGAUGGUAAAGUCCUGGAGGCUCUGCAGGUGCUCCGCGGGGAGCUGACGCCGCUCAAGUACAACACGGACCGCAUCCACGUGCUAAGCGGGUAUCUCAUGUGCAGCCACGCCGAGGAUUUAAGGGCCAAGGCGGAGUGGGAGGGCAAAGGCGGGGCCUCCCGCUGCCGACUGCUGGACAAGUUACAAACGUACCUGCCGCCGUCGGUGAUGCUGCCCCCGCGCCGGCUGCAGAACCUCCUGCGGCAGGCGGUGGAGCUGCAGAGGGACCGCUGUCUCUACCACAACACCAAGCCGGACGACAGUCUGGACUCGGUGUCGCUGCUCGCCGAUCACGUCUGCAGCAGGAAGCAGUUCCCAUGUUACACGCAGCAGAUUCUGACUGAGCACUGUAACGAAGUUUGGUUCUGCAAGUUCUCAAACGACGGCACCAAGCUGGCCACCGGCUCCAAAGACACCACCGUCAUCAUUUGGCAGGUGGACCCGGAGAGCCACCAGCUGAAGCUGCUGCGGACUCUGGAGGGUCACGCCUACGGGGUCUCCUACCUGGCCUGGAGCCCCGACGACACCUACCUGAUUGCCUGCGGACCGGACGACUGCUCCGAGCUGUGGCUCUGGAAUGUUCAGACGGGAGAGCUGCGCACCAAGAUGUCGCAGUCCCACGAGGACAGUUUGACCAGCGUGGCCUGGAACCCGGACGGCAAACGCUUCGUCACGGGAGGCCAGAGGGGGCAGUUCUACCAAUGCGAUCUGGACGGCAACCUGCUGGACUCGUGGGAGGGUGUGAGAGUGCAGUGCUUAUGGUGCCUGAGCGACGGCAGGACGGUGCUGGCCUCGGACACCCACCAACGUAUUCGGGGCUACAACUUUGAGGACCUCGCCGACAGAAACAUAGUCCAGGAGGACCAUCCUAUCAUGUCUUUUACUGUUUCCAAGAACGGAAGAUUAGCUGUGUUAAAUGUAGCAACUCAGGGAGUGCACUUGUGGGACCUACAGGACCGAGUGCUGGUCAGAAAAUACCAAGGCGUCACGCAGGGCUUCUACACCAUCCACUCCUGCUUCGGAGGACACAAUGAAGACUUUAUUGCUAGCGGCAGCGAAGACCACAAAGUGUACAUUUGGCACCGGCGGGGCGAGCUUCCCAUCGCCGAGUUGACAGGCCACACGCGCACCGUCAACUGCGUCAGCUGGAACCCGACCGUGCCGGGGCUCAUGGCGUCCGCCUCGGACGACGGCACGGUGCGCGUCUGGGGGCCGGCGCCUUUUCUCGACUCGCAAGAGGCGGACACGCUCAACGAGAACGGCAGUACCAUGGACAGUUGAUGGACACUUCUCUCCCAAGAAGCCACCAGUACUCCUCCGUAAAUAUCAAUCUUAGCACCCACCCAAAACAUACGUCGAGGCAAAAAAAAGAAAGCCAAGACAAAAGAAAGAGACUGACACCGGGAUGCAGGAGUGUCUCGAAGGACCUUGAUGAUGGCCAAUUUGGUGUCCUCAUCUAAAAAAAAAUCCCGCCCCUGUCAAGUGAGGACAUAGCCCCUCCCCCCCACGACCGAGUGAGCAGCAGAGCCCCGCAACCUCCCCGCCCGCUUCCACACCACUUGGCAGUCCACGUCUUGUCAUUGGAUGACGCCGCCGUUUGGGUGGAAUUGCACCGUCAACCUAAAAUGCACAUUCACGGCUGAACUUCAAUUGAUCUUCUCACAACUUGUGUUGUGAAUUUUGCCGGUCAACAAAUUGUGCAAAAAGGAAGUUGUAGUUCAGCUGAAGCUUAUUAUGCCAAUGGGCCCUCAGAAGAACAACAGCGAAGAACAACACAUUAGGUAAAGUGGUGUUGUGGGCUCACUUUUUUUUUUUUUUUUUCCAAGCCCACCUUAGUACGUUACGUACAGUACAAUACUGUUGAGUGCAAUUUUUCUUAUGGAAAAAUACGUGAUGAGAUGAUCCGAGCGUGUUCGCUGAUUGAAUGAGUGAGAGGCAAGGCAACACUGUUGUGCAUUUUAGGUUGCUUUUGGAAAUUUCACUCAAAAUGCCCAACAUAGUUUAUUAUUGUCAUGUCGACUUCCCCCCCCCCCCUUCUCAUUACAGCACGAAACGUUUACAGUGUUUUUUUUUUGCAACCAACAGCCCGAGCGUCAAUUGUUUCCUUGGGUGAGCCUCAUCUCGAAUCCACUUUAGCAUUUCUGACAAAACAAGCAAGGACGGUCCUAGCCAAACUCUCGCCCACUGCGCCCACCCCCUUUUUUUUUUUUGGGACAUUCGCUGCUGCUGCACAAUCGCAUCCAUCAAACGAGGAGGAUGCCGCAUAUCAGUGUGCAUGUGUGUGCGCGUGUGCCGAGGAGGAGGCCAUUCACUUUGGUGACAAACUGUGACCUCCCGCCAAAAAAAACAAAAACAGAAAAAACGUUAUGUGUGUGCGUGGGUUCGAGUGUGUUCAGUUCACACCAGCAAAACAUUUUGCCCCCUUCCAAGCCUUCUUAAUCCCACAGUCAAAAGUUAUCCAAAGCCCUCGGGACCUCGAUCUGUGGAACAAAACCGUAAUACUUGAGAGCCAUUUUGUAUUAUUACUAUUUUUUUUUUUUUUUUUUUUUAAAUCUGGGAUUUAUAAUUCUUAUUUUACACUAACUUCACGUGGCAUUGGACGUGCACUGUGUUGACAGAAGUUGGAAUAAAGACAGUUAUUAUUUUUAAACGGAUGUUGACGAUUAUACCGAACGGAAAGAAACAACCUGCAGUUUCUAAAAGACAACUGCUCCAAAAAAAAAAAAACUCGACCGUUUUCCUUAUAGUCAUUAAUUUGCUGUAAAGUGGGCAAUUUAAUUUGAUUGAAUUCUUCCCCCAAUGACUGAUUUUUCUUAUUUUAUUUUUUCUCCCAAAUCUGCCCGUCUGUCCGCCAGUCGUUUCCAUAGGUCAGCCUCCAUUCAAAAGCUUUCUUCUUGGCCCCUUUUUCGGGGUCGGUGACGUCGAUUUUUCCCACAGACUGGGAUACAGUUCAAAGGAAUGAGAAAAGUUUCCAAAACAGUGCUUUUCUGUCUUGUUUUUAUUGAAUAUUUUGUUAUUUUAUUAUUAUUUUUUCCACAUAUUAUAUCUCCCCCCUUGUAUGAUCAUAUUAAAGUAUAACCAGAUAUUUGGA